AUGUCUUAUAGUCUGAAGGAAGGCCAUCUUCAGAAGUGGUCUGGUACCUCUCACGUUUUAUUCGAUAUUGAUAUAGAUUCCAAAAACAGAUUCAACCCCGUAUAUGCGAAGCUUCUGAGCAGUGGUUGGUUUCAGUGGUUUGAAUCACAGAGUUCUCAGUCACCAAAAAGAAGUAUAGACGUUAGAACUGUGGCGCCCUUUAUCGCGUUUACCACCACUCUCUACCAAGUACCAUGCAGACCAUCUAGCAUCGGGGAUUCUGAUAUCCAGCGAGCCUUUGGAAUGCCUCAUGAGCCUCACAAAGGCACAAAAAUGUCUUUCUUUGUGUGUCCUGACGUAAACGAGUUAAGCGCAUGGGUCAAUGCCAUUACUGGUCUCCUCGUCACUCUACCCUUUCAGCUGCAACCCGCUCAAUCGGGCAUACCAAGUGGAGCAGUAGGGCCGCCUUACGCAUCUGCACCACCGCCAUACCAACCGGCCCCGUCGUCUGGAGGGAUUGGCUUCGGUGGUACGUUUCGAAAUUAG